AUGCGGAAGGCGCUCUCGCCGCUUCUUUACUCAUCAAGAUGCCUUCUAGCUUCUAGAGCGACAGCUAAGACCAGGCCUCAUACCUCCCAGGCCUUCGCUCACCAACAGCAGCCAUGUCGAACCACGACAGCAGGCUUCGCGACCACUCAGCACCUCAGGAGGUGGGAUCUGAGUGAAGUACUCCGCGUAACCGAGGAGACCUCCCCUCUGAUAUUCCACCUCACUUCAGACAAUCCCUACCACAACUUAUCUCUCGAGCACUACAUCCUGACCAAUUCGCACCCCUCCUCGACCAUCCUUCUGUUCUACACGAACCGGCCGUGUGUCGUGAUCGGGCGCAAUCAGAACCCGUGGCUGGAGACGGAUAUCCAGAAGCUGAGAGAUGGGCUAGAACCCGAGGAGCCUGUGCCUCUUGGAUCGGGCAUUUGGGGGAAUGAAACCACACAACGUAACCCGAUCGACCUCAUCCGGCGUCGAAGUGGGGGUGGGACGGUAUUCCACGACAACGGGAAUCUGAAUUACUCGGUCAUCGUGCCAAACAACAAGUCCUUCAAACGCAGUACGCAGGCCGAGAUGGUAGUGCGCGCCCUCACGCCUCUAGCGCCGCGAUACGGGUUCAGUGACCUCCAAGUGAACGAUCGCAAUGACAUUGUCAUGAAAGCCAAGGACAACGCGCUGCAGUGGUUGAAGGUCAGUGGUAGCGCGUAUAAGCUCACCAAGGGCAGGGCGCUACAUCACGGCACAUUGUUGUUCUCGAGCCCGAACCUGUCGAAUAUCUCGAACCUGCUGAGAAGCCCGGGUCGAGGGUUCAUCGAAGCGAAGGGUGUCGAGAGUGUCAGGAGCCACGUGGCCAAUUUGGCAUGGACUUCUGAUUUGCAGCAAAGGAAGCAGGUGAAGGAGGUCAUGACCAAAGCCAUCGUCCAGCAGUUCUGGGAGACGUACGGCAACAAUCAGCGACGAAAAGUCGGCCACAACGAGAUCUUUCUCGGCAGCGAAGUGUUCCAGGCCAUGAACAACCCAUCACUUACCAAGGGGCUCGAGGAGCUCCAAACCGACUUGUGGCUGUACGAAGGCACCCCGCGCUUCGACUUCGCCAGCGGAGCGAUGGAAGGUACCGAAGUCAAAUUCCAAGCGAACCACGGCGCCGUCGUGUCCCUGACAGUCGAACACCAUGACAAACAGUAUACCAUCGACGAAGCGGCCUUGCGCUCCGUGAGCGACCAGAACGGCCAUGGAUCCAAGCUCCUGGGCAUCUUCGACUGGUAUAACUUCAUCAGCGCGCGUGUCCAGGAAGCGACCAACACUCAUCUGAGGAUCCCCCGGACGCUGGCCAGGCGCAUCGACGCCAUCUUCCCGGGCGUCAGAGGCACGCCGAGGAAAUUGAAGUCUGAUUCGUGA